AUGGACGGGUCCGGAUCACUAACCCACGUCUUAGGUAGUUUCGAGGCUGGACUCUGGAGGAGCAAAAAGCCACCGAUCGGUGAAGUAUUGGGACUCAACGACCGAGGAACGCCAUUGAUUGGUCAUUCACUACCGGUUCGAGCACAAAUUAUCGGCAAAAACACAGUCGUCCCAAUUUGUUGGUUUGCUCAAGGUCACGAAGUUGGUGCAAGUAGGUGUCUUGACAUGCCUGAUUCUGGAAGUAGUAAGGCCACAGGGAGGAAUCUCCCUUCAUGGAUGAGCUCAAGGGACACUGAUAAAAAAUCUGAGAGUAAGGAACCAUCUGAAGAUGAUAAAGGUAAACGACAAGGUAAACCACAAGCCAGCCAAGCCACAACAUCUUCUGAAUCAAGUUUAGGUGCUGAUAAAUCCUCCAAACUCCUGGAAGGGGUUGUAUUUGUGCUCUCAGGAUUUGUUAACCCUGAACGCAGCACAUUAAGGUCUCAAGCAUUGGAAAUGGGGGCAAAGUAUGAAGCUGAUUGGAACAACAAUUGCACCCUUUUAGUUUGUGCAUUUCCUAACACCCCAAAGUUUAGACAAGUUGAGGCUGAUAAUGGAACCAUUAUAUCCAAGGAUUGGAUAACCGAGUGUCACAACCAGAAACAGGUUGUUGGCAUUGAACCUUACCUUUUACAUGCUGGUAAACCUUGGAGGCAUCAAAGUAGCCCUAGUUCAACAAACAUCUCUUCUAAGAAAGUAGAUAAGUCUACAGAUUCAAAACCACAGGCUUCUACAUUGAGCAAGAAACAAACAACUCACAAGAAUGUUAAAAAUGAGUUUUCAACUUCUGAAGUGAAGAAAUGGGCAAUAGAUGAUGUGAAAAGGACAAUAUCAUGGUUGGAAAGCCAAGAUGAAAAGCCUGAUCCAAGUGAGAUAAAGAAAGUAGCAGCUGAAGGAAUCUUGACAUGUUUACAGGAUGCUUUAGAUUCUCUUAAGCAGGGGCAGGGUUUGGGAAAGAUAAUGGAGGAGUGGAGUUUUGUGCCACGUGUCAUUGAGGAGCUAAACAAGCUGGAUAUAUCUGGAGAUAAUUCUAAAAAAGACAUCUAUCACCAAGCAAUUGUCUGUAAAAAAAUUUAUGAAUUUGAGGUUGGCAAUUUGGAACAUGACACAAAAGAUAAUAAGAACAAACGACCCAAGAUUGAGAAAGGGGUAAAAAAGGAAAAUCCAAAAAGUGAUGCUGCUGCUGCUUAUGAUAGUGAUGAUACCAUUGAGAUGACAGAAGAUGAAAACAAAAAAGUUUAUAAUAAGCAAAAACGAAUAGCAAGUUGCUAUACGAAAGCACAUCUAGAAAUUACAAGCAUUAACCGGGGAACAACACGAAUUGAACCAAUUGCGAGUAAUAGUUUUGCUCUAUGUUUAAUCUUUAGCUAA